CAAGGAGACUUCAAGUCCGACCUCAGAGUUCCAGGUUAGGGUGAUGCACCGAGACCGCCCGGUCGCCACGAGGCCUAAUAUUCCCACGCCCAUGACUCGGGAUCCGGUGGCACUGUAUUUGGAUUAUUGAUCUUGUCUUCCUCCACAUUUUGUAGGAAUAUGUCGGGAUCCAAGUAUGCAUAUGUCAAGAGCUAUGAAACUCCUGACAAUUUGCUCCCGGGCACCUUCAUCGUCGUGCGCCUUGAUGGACAUGCUUUUCACAACUUAUCCCAGAAACAUUCGUUUAUUAGACCAAACGAUGAACGAGCACUGCAGUUAAUGGACAAUGCAGCUCGUGACGUCAUGGAUGAAUUUAAAGAUGUCGUUUUGGCAUUCGGUGAAUCCGAUGAAUACAGCUUUCUGUUUCGUAAGACCACUGCGGUAUACAAACGCCGCCAUGCCAAAAUAUUGACCACGAUCACUUCAUUGUUCACUUCGUCCUAUGUCUUCCACUGGCACCGGUACUUCCCCGAGACUCCGCUACAGUAUCCUCCUACGUUUGAUGGACGGAUUGUUUUGUAUCCGUCAGCUCAGGAAGUAAGAGACUACUUUGCUUGGCGUCAGGUGGAUGCACACAUCAACAAUCUAUACAACACAACAUUCUGGGCGCUUGUUCAGCAAGGUGGUGAAAGCACCACACAAGCACAUCAUACCCUGAAGGGGACGGUCUCAAAGACCAAGCAUGAGAUAUUGUUCUCGCGGUUCAAUAUCAACUAUAACUCGCUACCAGAAAGGUUCCGCAAGGGUUCCGUUCUCGUCAAAGAGGACACGCCAGUCGAGGGAGAAGUCCCCGAAAAGGCCCAAUCUCUCGACACUCGAGAUUUGAAUAAUUCAAAGACCUCUUCACAAGUGGUACUCCAUCAUUGUGAUAUAAUCAAGGAUGACUUUUGGGAUGCAAGGCCUUUUCUCUUGUCAAAGUGACCAGCGUUGUUUGGUCCUGCUUGGCAAUGGCUUCUGUACUGCUUCCUAGAAAGGAAACCUUUGUAUUCGAAGUGCCCACGGCUGACGAGGCUAAUCUUGCCAGCCUCUCGGUGAAUAAAGGCAUGGCUGAAUUUGGCCAACGUUGUGUUAUUCGUUUCCUACCACAUCGUUUUCGAUCAUUUUUCAUUUGUUUUGUGCGACGGUCCGAUUAGCGUAUGUAUUAUUCUGAACCAUUCUGGUCGAAAUCUGAUAUCAUGUUAUCCAGAAUAUGAUCCCAAUCAUGACCGUGCUACACAGGUUGUUUCGACACGAUUCCAAUCCCACUUCUCCGCCAUACACAUCUGAAUGGAAGCGCAGAGCGGCCUCCGUCAUCUCGCCCCGUAAACAACGUGCGGAGAAACGGCAGUCCGGAAGAUCGCUGAAGAGACAUGCACUUCACACACCACCGUCCUGUGGCCUCGAUACUCCUCGCUUUUCACCUCUACUCACGACAUCCGAGUCUGGUGAGGAUGAUUUUACAAUGACAUCGGAGAGUUUUGAAUUCAUCCGGACCCGCGGCGCCAAUACGCGAGAUCAGUUCUAUCGCGACCCUAGCCGAGCUGCUGUGUCCGAUAUGGUCGUUUGUUUGUCCCCGGUCGCCCGUUGGCAAGAAGAAGAUGUAGAGCCCGAAACCGAGGAGGAUCAGGAAGGCGAGGAGGACCCAUUGAUGCUUGGCACGGAUUCAUUGUUCUGGAGAAGAAUGCUUUGUGAUUUCCAACAUAUUUCGACACCGAUUAGCGCCAUUGAUGACCAUUUGGUCCCUUUGCUGUCCGACAACCGCUAUCGUACUUUCUUUCCUGCGUACCCUGGCUUUGUCUCACCUGAUUAGUUUGUCUUGGUGGUCGAGAUGUUGUGUUCAUAUCAUUUGAUGGGCAGAGUUACUUUUUUGCUCCUUGUCCCUAGCUACCUUGUUCUCGGUCCUUGGUUACCUUGUUCUAUCAAUGACGAUCAUAUCCUCCCACAUGGUCUAUGAGUGAUUCGAUGCGUUUUCAUUUUCGAUAGCAGGUGCACAUUGGGCAUAUAGUCAAAGCAUGUAAUCAACGAUUAAACUAAGGAACGAGACGUGUAUUUGUG